AUGUCUCGCCCAGCUCCAUCUGGCUCAAAGCCAGAGAAGACCAUGUCUUCCCGUUUACUGACUAUGAAGUUCAUGCAACGAGCUGCUGCCACUGCUGCAACAAAAGAAGCUUCGCAGCCUUCCUCCGCCGCAGGGUCUCCCAAACCAAUUUCGAAGCGACAGAGACUCUCGACUGAUGGUCUCUCCCCGAGUCCCGGUGCAACACCUUCUUCAGACUUGGAAGCUAUCUCCGCUGCGCUUGCGGCAGAGGAAGAAAAGCGCAGAGAAGCUCUUGCCAGACAAGCUGCUGAUGCCGGUGAAUCGGAAUGGGUGCUGGACUAUCCCGGGGCAGUAGAAACCGGCGAAGAAUACGCAGCAGAACCUCUUGUGAUUGCUGCAGACUCCCUGGAUGCCGACGACGACGAUUUGGUAAAUGGAGGUCGGCAGGCAUAUGGAAACUUCAAGCGCAAAAAUAGAACGGUUCAAUAUACCUCAACCAAUGACGGCGAUGCUGAAGAUCCUGAUCAAAUCGAUUCGAUGAUCAAGAAGGCGAAACAGGACGCCUCCCGACAGAAACCCGUACGACUGUCUCAACUCACCAGUAUAUCCGGAGGCCGUCAAAGUCUUGGUGGAGACAAAUCGCAGAAGAAGCGCAAGCACAAGUAG